CGUACGUGUGAAGAGCGAGGGCCGCGGAGCCUCGGCGUGGGAAUGGUACAGCCUUCCGCGCCGGAAGGCGGGCCUGUUGCUCUGCCAGGAAGGAGUCGGCCGGCUCCGCCCGUACUGCGCAGACUCAGAUGCCACCGUAUUGUGUGUAGGAGGGAACUUGUGUCUGGGGGGCUAUGUUUCUGUGAGUGUAGGUGCUUCAGACGAAAUAAAUUGUUUGGAAUGCUAAAUGUCUCUAGAGAAACAGAGGUAAUCUACAAAAUGGCAGAUAGCUUGGAUGAAUUUAUUGAAGAGCAAAAAGCGAAACUGGCUAAAGACAAAGCAGAAUUGGAAAGUGAUCCACCUUACAUGGAGAUGAAGGGAAAGGCAUCAGAGAAACUCUCUGAAAACAGUAAAAUAUUAAUCUCUAUGGCUAAGGAGAACAUACCACCAAACAGCCAACAGCAGCCCAAGGGAUCCUUAGGAAUUGAAUAUGGCUUAAGUUUACCACUUGGAGAAGAUUAUGAACAGAAGAAACAUAAAUUAAAAGAAGAAUUGAGGCAAGAUUAUAGACGAUAUCUUACUCAGGGCAUUACACAAGCAAAAAGAAAGAAAAAUUUCCUAUCUACUGGUGAAACAGACCCAUCUACUCUGGGAGUUUCUCUUCCUAUUGAUGAGCGGUUAUCUGCCAAGGAAAGAUUGAAACUUGAACGCAACCGAGAAUACAAUCAAUUUCUCAGGGGUAAGGCAGAAUCCACAGAAAAAGUCAGACAGGUAGAAAAGAAUAUUGAGCCUAAGAGUCAAAGAAAUAAAAACCCUGUUAGUCAAGGUAAAUCUGGUCUACCUUCACAAAUACAGACUUCAUAUACACAUUCAGAGGGACCCUCAUACGAAGAGCUUCUAAGACGGCAAGAGGAGGGCCUGUACCGACAGCUAGAUGGUGAAACUGAGUUAAGGAACAGAAGACUGCUUAAACAGACAAAUGAAAGAAUAGGCAUUUCUGGUGCAGAACAUCAGAGCCUUUCCAGCAAGGCUGGUAUUCCAGAGAGAAGAGCUCGCAGGUUUAAUGAGGAGCGCAUGCUUGACAGACAGUUUUGUAGAGCUGACCGGGAUCCUGACGUAAGUGAAGACAUGGACGAGAGGUUUAGAUUUGAAAGUGAUUUUGAUAGAAGACUUUUGAGAGUAUAUACAAAUGACAGGCCUCAUGGGAGCAGACGAGGGAAUGUGGAUGGGAAUGAUGUCACAGAAGAGCCAAACACACAGACCUCAUCUGCUGAAAAUAAAAGUGUUCACGAUAACGGACCAUCCAAAUCCGCUGAUCCCGAUAUCACAAGUCCAUUUGCAGGCAUGCUCUUUGGAGGUGAAGACCGAGAACUUACCAAGAGAAGGAAAGAGAAAUACAGGCAGGAACUAUUGGAACAGAUAGCCGAGCAACAGAAGAAGAAGAGACGAGAAAAAGAUUUAGCAUUUGGAAUUACAACUUCUGGCGUACAAGACCCUGAAAAAUCGUGGAAUGGCUCACACCCAUCAUUGCAGUUAAGUAAGGAGGAGCCUGAUAGACUAAAGCAGUUUAGUUUGACACCAAGACACUUUGAAGAGAUGAUACCACCUGAGAGACCCAGAGUAGCUUUCCAGACACCUCCCCCUCCCUUCUCUGCCCCGUCUAUCCCAUCCGUCCCACCAGUUCAUUCCGCCCCUUCUCACAAUGAAGACUUGCACAGUGGACUCGGCAGCACCCUUGGUGAACUGGUGCAUCCCAGGAUUCUGCCUGUGCCUCUGAAUCCACCUCCACCUCCGCUGCUUGCCCCUCUAGCUCCUAACUAUCGAACGCCUUAUGAUGAUGCGUACUAUUUUUACGGUGCCAGAAAUACACUGGAUCCCAAUAUUGCAUACUAUGGUUCAGGAAUGAUUGGAGGACAGCCUGCCCCUCAUGUCUCUGCCCCUGUCACUCACCAAGUAGCACCUCCAGCUGUGAAUACUGUUGGACAGAAUGAACAGAAAGUUCUUAGUGAUGGACUCAGGAAUUCAGGACUGGUCUUUGAGGAUAAGCCAAAACCUUCUACACAGUCGCUUCAGUCUUACCAAGAGGCUUUGCAGGAGCAGAUUCGGGAAAGAGAAGCAAGAAGGAAGAAAGAACGUUUAGAAAAAGAAGAAUAUGAAGCUAAAUUAGAAGCUGAAAUGAGGCUCUACAACCCCUGGGGGAAGGGCGGAGGUGGUGCUCCCCUCAGAGACGCCAAAGGAAAUCUGAUAACUGAUUUGAAUAGGAUGCACAGACAGAAUAUAGAUGCCUACCAUAACCCAGAUGCAAGAACAUAUGAAGACAAAAGGGCUGUUGUAUCUAUAGACCAAAACUUAGCCACUUCAAAUGCUGAGAACCUAGAAGAUUCUGCAAAUAAAAACUCAGGUCCUUUGCAAACACAAAGCUCUCCUUUUGCCCGGGGAAACACAUUUGGUGAGCCGCUCAGCGAGCUUCAGAUUAAACAGCAAGAAUUAUACAAGAAUUUUCUUCGUUUUCAGAUUGAGGAAAAGAGACAAAGAGAAGAAGCAGAGCGCGAGAAGCUGAGAGUUGCUGAAGAGAAGGAAGAGAAGCGGCUCGCGGAGCAGAGGGCAAGGAUUCAGCAAGAGUAUGAGGAGGAGCAGGAGCGGAGGAGGGAGAAGGAGGAGGAGCAAAGGUUGAAAAAUGAAGAACUUAUUCGGUUAGCUGAAGAGAGGCGAAAGGAAGCAGAAAGAAAAAAGAAAGAAGAGGAAGAAAAACAUAACUUGCAACUUCAGCAUUACUAUGAGAGAGAAAAUAUUACUGGAGAGGAAACAAAGCACUUGAGACAGCCUUCUCCUGUAGUUCCUGCUCUUCAGAACAAAAUUGCAAGCAAACUCCAAAGACCUCCUUCAGUCGACACCAUCAUAAGUUCCUUCAUUCAUGAAAGCUCCAUGUCCCGGGCACAGUCUCCUCCAGUGCCUGCAAGGAAGAACCAACUCCGUGCAGAAGAGGAGAAAAAAAAUGUGAUUAUGGAGUUAUCAGAAAUGAGGAAGCAGCUCCGGAGUGAGGAGAGGCGUUUGCAGGGGCGGCUGCUGCACCUGGACAGUGACGAGGAGAUCCCCAUCAGGAAAAGAGAGAGGAACCCGAUGGAUAUAUUUGACAUGGCUAGACAUCGGGUACAAGCCCCUGUCAGAAGACCAUUGCCUAAGGGCUUAGAUGCUACGACUUUUCAGAAUAUUCAUGACUUUAAUGAGCUGAGAGAGAGAGAUUCAGAUACUCGAGUGGAUCUGAGAUUAAUGUACCCAGAUCCUCCCUGCGAUCAUCACACCUUGGAGAUUCAGCAGCAGGCCCUACUCCGAGAGCAGCAGAAGAGGCUCAACAGAAUAAAGAUGCGGAGAGAUGCAGGAGCUGAUUUGGAUACCAUCUCCACUGGUAAUGUACAAGGGCACAGAAUGCCCAGAGAGGACACUAAUGACUUUUUGAAAAAUUCCUUACUAGAAUCUGAUAGUGCUUUUAUUGGUGCUUACGGUGAGACAUACCCUGUCACUGAAGACAGCGCCUUCCCUCCACCAUCACAGCUGCCCUCAGCAAGGGAACGCAGGAGGAACAAAUUAAAAGGACUGGAUUUUGAUAGUAGUCGGCUCCACACACCACAGGAUGGUCUCUCUUUAAAAUCUAUCUCCAGUGUAAAUGUUGAUCAAGUUAGAAUGAGAAAUGAAGACAGAAUGAGAAGACUGAAUGAGCAGCAGAAGAAAGCCACUAACACAGAUGAUGAGGGUUCACUGGUUGAUCCUGAUGAUAUCAUGAGACACUUGGGUGACGAUGGACGCAACUCUGUGGCAACUGAGCCCUGGCUCCGCCCUGGCACUUCAGAAACUCUGAAACGGUUCAUGGCAGAGCAGCUGAAUGAGGAACAGCAGCAGGGUCCUGGGAAACCAGGCACUUUUACUUGGCAGGGACUAUCUGCUGCACAUGCUUAAUAAACCCUCUCUGGAUCCAGUAGUGCCUUUUACAGUGGAACGUUCACCUGUAUACUACGUCUUGCUUGUGACCCUACUUUAAUAUUAGUUAUUUAUGUUCUAUCUAUAUAUAAAGUGUAUUUUCCCAUGAUGAUAUGUUAUGUAUAUAUAAUGUACAUAAAAGCCCUGAUUAUUGAUUUCUAAUAUAAUUGUACAGAAUUAUUUUUGCAAUUUUGCUAUGGGUGGUAAUGAACUCUUGAUUGAGCUACCAUACGUGCAUUAAAAUAUGCUUGCCAUUAAGAGGUGGUGAAAUAAAGGGUACAUAGCACUGUGAAACAAUACAUUGUUACUUAUAUACUUGCCACUGUUAGCAUUGUGGAGAAACAGUUUUUACUGAUUUGUUUUAUAUACCUGCUGUUGCUUUGACUAUGCCAGCUGCUAGGUAAUGAAAGAUUCAAACAAGCUGCUCAUUUUCAUAUCUGUAGUUACACAUUCCAUAGGAACAAAGGGAUUUGUGAUCAUCCAUGAGCCAUGAUUAAAUGUUACAUUUUCUGCCUCCAUUUUAUUUUUAUGCUGAUAGAAGUACAGACUCGGUUACUAAUUUAUCUGAUUUCACUAUUUCUUGACACAAAUAAAGUUCUAUUUUGAUUAACUACCAGUGUCA